AUGGAAAGUUCUGGUGAUGUAAAAGAGUUGCAAGAGGAAGUUGAACUUCUUGCUAAUAUUAAUCAAUUAUUGGGGAGAGAAAAUGAUGACAUUCGUAAUAAACUGAACAGGUUUGAGAAGUAUCGAUUGCCCAGUUUAUCUCAGGAAACUACUACUAAUUUUGGAUCUACUGAAGAAGAUGAAGAUUUACCAAAAAGAAAAAGAAGAAAGUCAAACAAACCUAAGUUGUCGAAAAAGGUCAAAGGGAAAAGAAAAUGUCGUCAUUCAGAUGUCGAAAGCACAUCAGAAAAUUUGGAAGAUUCUGAAAAAUCUUCAAAAGAAAAUGAGAAGAAUGAAAGAGAGGCGAGGGUUUGUAAUUUUUUUCUAUUAUCUGCUUUAGUGUUUAUAUAA